AGGUUAUGUGUUACCUAACCUUUUAUUUACCUAAUUUAAAAAUAUAAAUUGUUGCUAAAAAUCAUAAUGUUUUUGUAGGAGCACCUCAAAACCAACCCACUAUUUAACAGCAAGUAAGGAAAGGCAUAUAAGAAUCAGAUUCACUUGGGAAUGGAUAUCUGUCGUCUGGUGCAGCGCGUAUCCGUGCUAACUUUGAGAUCGCCUGCAGUGCGCCUAGACAGCUGCAGAAGUGUAGCCACAUCGAGUAUCAGGAUGGAGAAGGCCAUGGAGAAACUACAGACCAAUCCCUACUACGAGAAGUAUGCAGACCGCAUAGCGCGCCUGCAGAAAACUGAUCCUAAAGAGUUCCUGGAUCGAGUUUCGCGCACAGUGAGCCCGGAGCGCAAGCCCAGCGGCGCAGACAAAGCUCCAGUGGAUACUAGACAAUAUUCUUCAGUUCUCAAUCCAAAAGAAGCUUUACCCGAUGGUGUGUCUGCAGAAGAGAAAAAGCUUGAUGCCAUAUUUAAAACUGACCUAGUGAAAGACAAAGAUGCUUCCGAGAUUCAGGUGAUCUGGCAAGAGUACCACAAGGACAAAGAUGUGAUCUCAGCAACAAUUCCUGCUGAUGCCUAUACUAGUUUACGGGAGAACAUGAAGCAGUUCCCAACAUUCCUGUUCCCUCUGCCCAGAGAUCAGGGCUAUGAGUUUAUACUUUGCCAGAGCUUUGGCCAUUCUGUUCAUUUUACUCCCCUGCUGGCAUUCCAGGUUCACAAAGAAAAUGCUCCUGAAUGUUUGACAAUGGUGCACUACACUGAACUGAAGGACAAGGGUAUUGUGUUGAUGCGUGGCGAGUAUGACAAGAAUGUGCUCAGCGGGCGUGAGGCGCAGUGUCUGGCCAACCAGUUCCAGCUAUACUAUGGUGCCGGUGCUGAACCAGCGCGCCGUGAGCUGCUGCAGUGCUUCACCGCCAGCCCUGACUCUUUCAAACACAUGGACCUCAUUGCACAGUUGGAAAACAUCUCCCUUGUCUAGAUUUACCUGUCGGAAAACCAAGAUUUGCAGUUUUGAAAAUAAAUAGAAACCUUAGAAAAUGUUAUAAAUAAAAACAGAUUUAAUACAUGC